CCUGGCUGUUGGUGAUUUGCAUUGUCCUGCUUUGCUUGUUAUUGGUGGGUUGGAUACGAGUGUGACUAAAAGGACUGCUGAAUUGGUUGGUUGUUAGGCGUGGCAAGUGGUGCUCUUUGAGCAAUGUGCGUAUGUCGGACGCAUGGAAGAGCCGGAUGAAAUCUCGAGGGAUCGAUAAGGGAUGAGCUUGCUGCGUGAACCUUUGUGCUUGCAAUUUUGGUCGUUCGAGGUGGCGCUGGUUUUCAGUGUACUUUCCAGAUCGCCUUCAUCAUAAUGCGUUUCUCAACGGUGGAGCUGAGAAUUGAGCUAUCUCCAAGUUCAUUUUGUGCUUGUGAACUAUUUGAAAACAUGUCCCGUAAUCUUCUAUACAUACGAAAAUUUCAUGCGUGCAGAUCAGAUGCACAGGAAAGCAGCAAACGGUUUGAACGAGGUCGCUCGUUGCGCUCGCACACCAUGCUCCGUGGGACAUUUGCCCAGCCGCACUACGCAACUUACUCCUUCGCUCUGAACAAAUUCACGUCCUCUUCGGAUUCUGAAGAAGAUUAUCUCCGAUUGUGAGUGGAAAUGGGCUUUCCACUCCCAGGAGGUCACAAUGCAUGAAAGCUGUUUUGGAAAACUGGCCAGCAGGAAAUUGUGUCGACAGACGCCUGCUGGUGUCCGUCCCAACAAAUUGGUCUGAAAAAAGCAUGCGAAGACAAAAGUUAUGAAAAAGUUCUGUCAGGCAAACCAACAGUGGGAGUCUGCAGCCAAGACGGCUUUGAUUCAAAUCUUCCUUAGGACAUCCAUUGUUUAUAUCGACAGGCAAGGUUGCAAUUAGACCAAGGACCUGAAGAGUUUGCUACCAACAAACUACAACGAGGUUGGCCAUGUGAGCGUGCAGUGCAAACAGGGUAUGUUGGAGGUGAAGCUAAGGACAAUCGAUGUCUACGGGAUAUUCAGCCCACUGGCAACACCUUGGCUUCCCGGCAGCAGAACGUUAGUCUGCAUUACCUAACGGCUGGCGGAUACGUUUUCGGCUUCUGCCUAUACCUAUGCUGGCGGACAUUGAUACACGCCAAGCUAUCCCUGGCUGCGUCUUCCCCGCUGAUAAAACAGCUAUUUUCCUGAUCUUUCACGCACGUUAAUUAUGUGAAGCGCAAGUCAAAAGCACACACCGAGCAGGAACAAGCUUCUUGCCUAGUAGAUGUCCACAGCUCUCGAAUGCUCGUAUAGAUUCGAGAUAACUUGCGCAACGAUCUCACGACAAAGUUGAUCAACCUGAUCGAGUCAAAUGUGAUUAUGUAACUACAUUCCGACAGAUUAACCAAAAUGAAAGAAAACUCAACCAUUACAAAAAUGCCAUUAUGCCUUUGACGACUGAUUCUUCUCAUAGAACGAUGGUAGCACAUCCAUUGUCACUGCCAAGCCUUUGGUAUCUAUUUGUAAGAUGAGUAGAUGUUAUGCCUCGACAGAUAUUGCUGCACUCCAGGCGGGCCCAUCAACUUUUGCAACAACCAUUAGUGAUUGAUCAGAAACAUCUUCAUUUGGGCUUUCUUUGUUGAGAUCUAUAACACAUGAGACUUCCCCGUCCCAUCCUACGUCUCUUCCAACCCCGUCACACUACCAUCUCAACCAAUACUGAGCCAGACCCGCAAUACUCCGCACCAAGCAGCACAAAAGGGAAAGGAAAGGCCCCAGAUAAUGCACCCGCUUCCAUCCCGCCACCACCCUCUCGCGCUCCACCUCCCCCUCCACCCACUUCAAUCCAUGUAACCGAUUAUCAGCUUGAACAAGCACGCCAGAGAUACAGGCGUUGGAGGCUGUGGUCGGCGGUUGUUAUGAUUGUGUGUGCUGUUGAUGUGAUAGUUUUGGACGUGCUUUGGGCAAAGCUUCGGGCAGCUGAACAGUAGUAUAGUCCAUUGUAUCCGCAGCAGAGACAUCUCAGGAACAUCUUUAUGGGCAGGGAGUUAUUUUUUGGGUGUUUAACUUGAAUAAUUAGUAGUGGGAGCGGCUUUACAGAAGUAGAUUUGACAGCAUCAUGGCCCUAAGACAUUGGGUUUGAAUAUAAACUCGAAUCCACUGCGUUAUGCGCCAAAGUGCGCUAUCCUC